UAAACAGGAAGCGCUCGUUUUGCCGGUUGGGACGGCUGUGCGGCGGCCGCAGUUACCGUUAAUCGCUAAGUCACACUCAUUAACCAUUACAAAUAGCACAGACCACUAGGCUAAACACCUACACAUAAACAAUAUAACCAGUAACCUUCCCCCUACUAUACACAUAUAAAAAUCCUUACUAGAUCUUCCCAUGAUCCUUAGCGCCUCUACAGUAUCUUAGCUAGUAGCUGUAGCUAGUCGCGGUUUUAUUCAUUUAACCGUCAAAAUCAAAGUAAACCGGUGACCUUUUACAUGCAAAACAUGAUUAUGUUAAGCAUAGAACAGCGCCUUAUGUGACUUUAGCGUGUUUUCCGACUUUUUUAUGUGAAAGGUUGGCGACGUAACUCCGUGGUUGCCAAUAGAGACAGGAGACGCCUGACCAGAUUUAGCUAGCUGGUUAGCAAAAUAAGCUAGCUACGGUCCUCUCAAAUAUCCAGCAAAUAUCUAAACAUGCCUACAAAGCCGAAGGACAAGUCAUCCAAAAGUUUAUUUGAAAGUGACGAUUUGCUCGACCUACUUGAGGAUAAAAAGCCUCCGAUAAGAGGAAAAGCAAUUCGAAGUGGACCUCUCAGUCGCUCAUCGGCUACAGAAAACAUCUUCAGUAUGCUUGCAGGAGAGGUGAAGCAGGAUGGUGGGGACACUGAGGACUCCGAUAUAUCAGCAGCAGAUCCCAAUGACAUACUCAAGAACAUGAAAGACAUGGAUGAUAUGGAUGCUGACCUCUUUGCAUUAAAGAAAAAGCCAAAUUCAGCCCAAACAAAGUCGACUGGUAAUGAACGAACAAAGAAAGACUUUGCAGCAUUAGAAAACAAUGUAAAACCAGAGGGAGCAGAUGAACCAAACACAGAGGCAAAGAAGCCAGACUCUGCACCUUCCACGUCUACAGCUCGUACCUACAAGAAGUUCACCUUCUCUGAAAGUGUGGAUGGCAGUGGGGGUCUUGGUCAGUCACCACUUGCUAAAGAUCUCAACGACCCACUGGCAGACCUUCUUGAUGAUCUGCUUCCAGAUAAAACUGAGUCUGAAUCCAAAACUGGCACACAGUUGAAACCUGAAAAUUCUCCAGCUGCAUCUCCUGUCCUAAAGACUAAAAUGGCAAAGAAACCAAGUGAGCUUACAUUUGAUGAUGAAAACUACGACCUUAUGGAUGCACUUGGAUUUGACAAUAAUAAAAACAAUCCCAAGAAAACGGAGACUCCUCUAUUGUCUAACAAGGAAAGGAGUGAGGUUCCUCAGAGAUCUCGAACUAGACUAGAUGAAAUUCUGGAUAAUUUGGCAUCACCUCGUGCUACGAAGCGACCGCCUACGGGUGAGAUGAAGGACAAUUCUCUGACCCAAGAGAAGCAGCAGCAGGAGAAGACAUUCAGUAUUAAAGAACCACCUCCAGAAGGAGACCUUACAUUUGGGUCCUAUCAGCCCACUGUGGGAUCCACAGUGGAAGGACGUCAGUCACGCAGACAGUCUGUCAGAUUUUCCACUGAGGAUGUCCGUGUCUCUACCCCGGAGAGGAAAUUAAAACCCGCCUCCCCCACUGCCGCUCGUCAACGCAAAUCCAGCGACUGGCUAGGCCUCAGGGCAAACGAUGAGAGCACCUUUCUAGAACAUGAUGGCAAAGAGGUCAAAUCUUCAGUCGAUUCGCCAAAGGCUCCUAGCUCUCCUCUGCUGGAGAGAAAGCCAUCGCUGACUGGUAAACAUGUACCAGCUGCUGGCAAAGGGACAGCAGACACCCCAGACACACAGAAAGAAGAGGAGGGGGAGAAUGAUGACUGGUUGGCAGGGGCACUGAGCAGGAAGAAGGCUGUGUCAAACUCUGAGGCUAAAACCAUCAAGCAGGAAGAGCAUUCAGGCCUGGAAGGAAACGUGGACGCGGGGACGAUUGUCAGCAACCAAGUCACUUCACAGGCUCCCAGAGACCGAGAAGACACUUUCACAGCUGUCAAGGAAACAAGUGAAAUUCUCCUUGGACCACCCACCCCGGCUGCUCACUCCACUCCUGUCAGAGAUGAGAGGCCUAAGCAAGCAGUUCCACAGCUACUUCACACAUCGACUGCUGUCCAACCACAGGUGGUGUUUCCAGCAGACAGUCUGCAGCACGUUCUGCUACAACAGCAGACGAUGCAGUCUCAGUUGCUCGGUCUUGGAGGUGUCGCAGAUGCAGGGAUUCUGCAGAGAGUCAGAGACAGAGAGAAACAAUCUGGAGAUUAUCAGACUCUGCAGACUCGUAUCAUACAGCUUGAAGGACAGGUGAAGACCCUGCAGCUUGAGCGAGAUCAGUGCCAGAUGUUGCUAGAGAGCAUCCAACAGCGGCAUAAGCAAGAUGUAGAACUCAUGGAAAACAUGCACAAAAGCCGGGUCAAGCUGCUCGAGGAAUCGACAGCCCAAAGGGACACGCGAGCGCGGCAGGAGUAUGAGGAGCUAAUGGAACGUCUGUCCACAGUAACAAGAUCAGCCGAGCAAGAACGCUCUGAGCUGCAGGCUCAGUACCAACGGAAACUGGCCCAGGCUCAGCAGGACAGAGACCGUGAGGUGGACAGACUCAGAGACCUUCAGAGGAAAUCAAUCUUGGAGAUGAAAAAAGACCACGAAGACCAGAUUCAAAGACUAAAGAAGUUAAAGGAUGAGGAGAUCGAUGCAGUUACAAGUGCAACAUCUCAGACCAGGUCUCUUACACUGGUGAUUGAGCAGAUGGAGCAGUUCUCCUCUCGGCUAGGAGAGCUUUCUUCUCGGGUGGAGAGCACACAUGAACAUACAGCCCAUGGCCUGGAGCAGGGGGCACGGCACAGAGAUGAGCAGCUUCGAAUAAUGCAGGACCGGCUGAAUCAGCAGCAGAAAACCAUGGCAGACGAGAGAGCUUACCUCAAGGAAAUCAUUUCCAGGAUGGACACUCAGCUCAAUGAGCAGCAAAGACAGCUUGAAAAGGAGCGCUGGAAGAUGACAGCAGAACAGGCCAAAGCAGAGUCAACUCAAAGAACCUUGGAGGAGGAACGGCAUGCUCUGAGCAUGCAAAUCAGCAUCGAGAGAGAAGAGCUGGAAAGAGCGAAGAGUUCAUUGCUGGAGGAGCAGAAAUCAGUGAUGCAGCGUUGUGCAGAGGAGAGAAGGAAGCUGGCAGCUGAGUGGGCCCACUUCCACGCCCAAGAGAAGCAGAGGUAUGAGAGGACUGAACGGGAGGUCAGCAGCCUCUUAGAGAAGAGAGAGGGCUCCAUCAUGAGCCUGGCACAGGACCAAGCUGACCUAAAGCUUCGUACUGCAGAGUUGAAACAGAAGGAGAUGGUUGUGGUACAGGAGCGAGAAACCUUAGAGAGACUAAGAGAAGAAUUAGAAAGAGAGAGAGAAAGAGUAACAGGCACAGCACUGAGACUGAAAACACGAGCCCAGGAAGUGGAAGCCUUCAGCAAGCUGUCUGCAGAAAAAUACGAGGAGGGAGAACGAGCACUGCAGGAGGCAAAGCGUGUGGAGGCUGAGCACGAGGCAAGACUCAGAAAUAUUCACAUCCAAACAGAGCAGCUGAGGCAGCAAGAACAACGAAUCCUUCAGGACCGAAUACGGUUAAAUCACCUGCAGGAGACCAACAGACUGAGACCAGAUCCUCCUGCUGCACCUUUAACACAAGUCAUUUCACCCAUUUUAACAGCUUACAAAACGCUUGUCCUAGGAGACUCUGGUUCAGUGGUACCCAACCCUGACCUGUCAUCAACCCUGAACGUCCCCCCACCCACUUCCCAGUCCAUGGUGCUUCAGGCCAGCAUGGCGCUGUGGAAGUACACCGCUGAAAAGGACCGUGAAUUCCUUCAAGAGGAGCAGCUAUUUCUAGAAAAUUUAAAAAAGAAAUCAUACAAAUUAUACUCAAGCAUUAGUUGACCAGAACUUUGUGGAUGCUCGCAGUAGAAUUUAUAUUACUGUUAAUAUGCUGAAUACUUGUGCCAUUACGCUGUUUUCAUACUUACCUUUAAUAAACCUUUAAGAUCAA